GGACCACUCACAUUUUGAAGACCUUCUGCCGAGGUGUUCGUUGUCCACCGUGUCGCUGGACCACUCCACCUUCUUCUCGGUCUUUCUCUUCCGCAGUUUGAUAGUGAGGCUUCUGCCCUCCUUUUAUAUUUGAACAUGGGGAGACAUAUUGGUUUAAUGCAAGCAUUUUGAUCUUUGUAUUCUCUGUAUAUCGCCUACGUGUAUGCAUUCAAGGAACAUGGCAGGUUUUUACUGAGUAGCAUGAAAAGCCCUCCUGUAUAAACCAAUAUCAUAACCCCAAUUUGGUUAAUAUGCCAGUCCUAAAAAAACGGAUUAUUGGUCGAUGUCGUAGAGCUAAAACAAUUGUCUCAUUAAACAGAUGAAAAAGACACUUAACACAAUUCAAUGCUAUUAUUUUAUCAAUACUAUCUCCAGAUGAGUGCAGCGUAUGGAGGCGGUGUACCUGUUGGGGCGGUGGCGGGGUGCUGGUGGAGACCGUCUCAGUGAUCGUCUCACUCGACGUCCCUGGAACCUCCGCCAUCCUGCACGCUGAGGCUCUCACUUUAGCCGUAGUUGCGGGGCCUGCCGUCGCAGGAGAACUUCCUUUAAACUGUCGGUGAACGAAAAUGGACGUAAUCAGAUGUUCUUGCGACCACACUACUCGUUCCGGUUCCUUAAGGACGACGCGUACAUACCAGUCUACUCGUUAAGAGCGGCCGUGAAAGAUGCCUGACAUAAACAGUUCGCUGCUCAGGGGAAGCAGUUCGCAGACGGACCUUGUUCACUUCCGGUUCCUACAUUAAUGUAGUCCGAUUAUAUACAAUCUGCCUGUCAGAAUGGGGAUAGUUUCUUAUAUUCUGACACCUUUACACACAAAAUCACUCAAAUUAUAUAUUUAUUCAGUAUUUCUAUAAAAAUGUUGCAUGGGGAAUAUCUAUUUGCUUCUCGAAACCCAUUUAUAAGUUACCCAUCAAGUCACAGCAACGCACAUGAGCAUAUAAGGAUUGGUAGAAGUGCUUAAAGAUGUGGAGGGCGAAUUGUGCCCUCUGUUUGAGGUUGUUGGAGAGAGGAAGGAUCAGAGCAUGGGUCUCCUGUCAGCCAAGGUUCUGCUCUAAUGAUGCUCCAGAAUCGUCGACUCCAUCCCCCCCCAAAGCAAACGCAUCGCUCCGGACGAAGACAGAGAAACAGAAACGGAGACAACAAAAGCAGACUUUAAUUUUGGCCACUCCAGAAAAUAAUGCAGAGGAUAAUGAAAUUAGAUGGAGCCAGAAAGAUAAGAUACAAUACAGUACCUCAACAAUUCCUGGAGCAAAGAAAAAUUCCAGCGUGCCUUUCCCACUGUCCUAUAGUCCAGAAUACGUAGAAGCCAGCUGGUACCAGUGGUGGGAGAAGGAGGGAUUUUUCACCCCAGAGUAUCAUGACAGGGUACCCCACGCGCAGAACCGGACCUUCACCAUGUGUAUCCCCCCUCCCAAUGUAACGGGCUCUCUCCACCUGGGCCACGCCCUCACCGUGGCCAUAGAGGACGCCAUGGUUCGCUGGAAGAGGAUGCAGGGCUACCGCGUUCUCUGGGUUCCGGGCUGUGACCAUGCAGGUAUCGCUACACAGAGUGUGGUGGAGAAGCGACUUCUCCGGGACCAGAGGAGACGCAGGCAGGACCUCUCCAGGGAGGAGUUCCUACAGGAGGUCUGGACGUGGAAAAGCCAGAAGGGAGAUGAGAUCUACCAACAGCUGAGGAGGCUUGGGGCUUCGUUGGAUUGGAGCAGAGCUUGCUUCACCAUGGAUCAAGGGUUCAGUGAGGCUGUAACCGAGGCCUUUGUGAGGUUGUGCGACUCAGGUUUGAUCUAUCGCUCUGAGGCGCUGGUCAACUGGAGCUGUGCCCUGGAAUCAGCCAUCUCUGACAUCGAGGUGGACUCCCAGGAGCUCUCCGGGCGCACCAUGCUGUCUGUGCCUGGCUACGAGAGGAAGGUGGAGUUUGGAACCAUGGUUACCUUUGCGUACCCCUUAGAAGGCCAGGAUGGAGAGGUGGCUGUGGCGACCACCCGGCCAGAGACCAUGCUUGGAGACGUUGCCAUAGCAGUGCACCCAGAUGACCCUAGAUACCAGGCCGUCCAAGGCAAACACUGCAGACACCCCUUUGGCGACAGGCUCAUCCCGAUCGUGACGGACACAAUGGUUGACAUGCAGCUUGGAACAGGCGCUGUCAAGGUCACCCCAGCCCACGACCACGUGGACUUUGAGCUCUCCCGGAGACACUCUCUGCCAUGUCUCACAGUGAUCUCUGGAGAUGGCACCAUGGCGCCCUCCUGUGGCCAGUGGCUGGAGGGUGUGAAGCGCUUUGACGCCAGAGAGAAGGUGUUGGACGCCCUGGCUGAAAAGAAGCUGCUCAGGAAUAAGAAGGACCAUGCCAUGUCUCUACCCAAGUGCAGCCGCUCUGGGGACGUGAUCGAGCCGCUCCUGAAGAAGCAGUGGUUCCUGCGCUGUGAGGACAUGGCCAGCAGGGCGAUACAGGCGGUGGAGGACGGGCAGUUGGAAAUCAUUCCUCCAUUGCACAUCAAGACGUGGAAGAAGUGGCUGUCCAACACAAGUGACUGGUGCAUCUCCAGACAGCUUUGGUGGGGUCAUCGGAUUCCCGCCUACCAAGUUGCUCUUCCUGGUCAAUCAGCCAAUCGAGAGGUCAGACCUGGGCCCUGUGGGUGUGGGGGCGCAGCGAGCAGCAGGCCCGGGAGCGAGCGGCGGCCCAGUGUGGAGUGGACCCAGCCUCGCUGACGUUAACCCAGGACCCCGACGUGCUGGACACUUGGUUCUCCUCGGCGCUCUUCCCCUUCGCCAUGCUGGGCUGGCCCCAGAAG